UUCCUCAGCACAUAAAGCAAUUUUUGGAGAAGAAAAAGGUAUCCAAAACCUUUAAAUCAUCACGGCGCUCCCAUGACCUGAACUUCUGAAAGGAAAACUAUAGGCUACAGAAACCCUCCUCUGGAGAAUCUAAAUAAUAUCAAGGUUAUUAAGGCCCCUAAAUUUGCAAAUAAGGGUCAUGAGAAACAAAUCAAGCCAUCGAAGCCUGGUCGAAAUGAACCAAAUAUUAGUAGCAAGAACUUCUGAUUUGUGCUACAGCCACAGCCAAGUAAGAUUAAGAGCAGACUAAAUGCCAAACGUAACUCUUUGGCUCCACCCCCUGCUUCUUUUCAAGUCCCUAGAGUUCCUCAACCUAAGGCUGAGGAGCACAAGAAGCUUGAUUCGAACAGAAAGAGAGAAUCAUCAGGAAGGAGAAAGCUCAAGAUCAGCAUCAAGACUAAGGAGAAGGAUAAUUCCAGGUUCCACAGCCACAAGUUAUCACUAGACAUUCAUCAAAGAAGUAAUCAGAACCAGAUGCCUGAGUUUGAUGCUCUAAUCGAAGAUGAUAUUGAUGAAAAUAAUGCUGCAAGCGAGAGAUACACCAGCUCCUUGAUAGAAAAUUUCGAUCAGUCUGAGUACAUUAAGAACGUCAUAAUCCAGUCAAAGAAGAUAGGAGGCUCAAGGUUCGGCUCUCCCAGCCAAAAUAUUAUGAGCUUGAGAAGUCAGAGACUAAAACAUGUCAAGAAAGAAGAUAAAACUUUUAUGAAAGAUAUGAAAAAGUAUGGAAUUCUCAAAGCAUUCAAUGAUAUCAACAAGUUCACAGAAUUUUUCGAAAGUACUCCUAAUUCUAGUCAGUGCAUGGAUAGCACUAAUUUUGGCCAGAAGCACUGCUCUAGUCAGAUUUUUGAUAACAGUUAUCAAGAUAAUUCUUUAAGAAAAGAUUCAGACCUUGCUGAAGAGAGGAACACUACAAGUGUACAGCUACUUGGAGAUAUUAAAAAGGAUGAAUCUAAGGCUAUUAAAAGUUUCAAAUGAAUAUUUCCCUUUCAAAGAAGGGCAAGAUCUCACUCUCCUCCAAAGAACAACGUGAUCUCUAAUAAAAUAAUCGAGACUAUGAGCAAUAAUUCUCCUGAAGGGGUCCUGAAUGAUGAGGCUAACCAAAAAUCUACUAAGAACAAACCGGUAAUAGCCAAUGCCAAUUUUAUAAUCGGAAGUUAUCACCUUCUUAGUAAAAAGGACAAGUUAGAGACAUUGGCAAAGAUGCAAUCAGGCGAAGAUCUGGAAUAUGAUGACUUCAUACUCCAAGGGAAAGAAGUUGAAGAAUGGCUCAUGGGCAGUGGCAUUCCUGAAACAACCACUGGUUGAACUGAUGAUAGUCAGCUUUCCAAACAGUUUUCAGCCGGGCUCAGUAGCUUCUUGAACACCCUCAAAAAUCGGAAAAUACAAAAACAAAAGAAAAUUGAGGAGAGUCCUAGUAAGGAGCCCCUGGACGACUGAGGUGCUCUUGAAGAAUGGAUGUUUGAUUCCCUCAGCAAGGAUAAAGAAAAUGAUGAUUUCAACAACAUUGAUGAAGAUAUCCCUCAGGAAAGUAGCCUGGAUGGAAAUUGUCUUAACGAGAUUCCUUCUUUCCCUGAAAAAUCGAAGAGGAGUCCUUAUAUAGCUAAAGAUCAAAUCAUUGAAGAAGACAUCAACGAGGGUGAAUAUGUUGACUCAGAAAACCAGUUUGGAUUCCAAAACCUCAACUCCUACAUUGACCAGAUGGACCGAUGGAUAGAAGAAGGCAAAACCUUUAAGUAAUUUAAGAUUACAUUUUUCAUGGUUGCCACUUAUUCA